GUUAACUCAGUUCAAAUGCCCUGCAAUGUGAAUAUAUACAACAACGUUAAGUUAAUGCUGACUAAACGCAGAAAAGAUUACAGCGGCGUGAUAACCCUCCACAAACCUGUCCCACCACAUCUGCUCCACCAUACGUCUCCCAGAAGUGACGGGCAGAAGUCAUCAUCAGUACUGGAGAGUCCGUAUGUUAGAAGUGUGCCUCAGAAAUCAUCCAGAGUCGUUAGACGCCCAGGAACAGAGGCUGAUGAGGCACACACACUCUUUCACCGCUCAGUAAAACGACUACAGGAUCAGUUCCUUUCAGAGCGACAGGAGGCCGACGCCAUCACACAGCCGCUGCUGGACACCGAGAACGGAUUCAUCAAGGAUCUGGAACGUUUCCUGAACCACAGAGACAUGCUUAGAGCGAGGAGGCGUGAGCUUCUGCACAAGCGCUGGACAGAGUGCGUGUGGUGGCCCGUGCAGCGCAGCCUCACACGGCGUCAUUAUGAAGGGGCGGAGCCAGUGAACACGACGCACGCGGGCUACAUCAACUACAGUGAUAAGGUCAGCACCGCUCCCUUGAUGGAUCCACUGUUCCUCCACUCACAUUCAAGGAUGAGGGAGAAGAGAGCGGUCCUUCACUGCCAGACAGGAUGUGUAGGAUGUCAGUGGGUGGCGUCAGUGGAGGAACAGAGCAGGAACGAGAGAGAUCUGUACGGAGGAAGCAGGAGUCAAGGCCCUGUGUACAUGGCUACGGCGGAUGGGCGGUGCUACGGGCCUGAGUGCUGGUCCGCGAUUGGUCUGUCUCGCAGAUAUUCAAUGAAGUCAUGACGUGACACUGUGCAUCCUCUACCUCAUCCAAUCACGACUUUGAAUGACUUUCCCAGUUUCAGAUUGUGGUACAUUCUGUCUGUUGUGUGAUUCAUAAUGAACAUUAAUACAAAAAAAACAGGCUUAUUAUUAUUAUUAUUAUUAUUAUUAUUAUUCGUCAAAUAAAAGUUUUAUUUCAAAUAAUUUUUGUUGCAUUGCUUCA